AAAAAAUAAGCGAAUGGCCCAGAUUUGAAUCAAGCUGGAUCCCUACCCAUCACAAACAUGGGCACCCUUUGGAUCAUGCGGACAACAAGACCCAACCCGGUAUCAAAUCUAAACUUUACCGGAAAAAAAAGGUAAAAAUAAAUCUUGAGGGCUUGUAGCGGUCGGCAAUGGCGACGGAGUCCGACGGCGAGGAGGAUACGGCAGGGAAGCUAACGGGGAGCCGGCACCUGGACGUCGACGACGAUCUCCGGGAAAUGGCCAAGAAGGCCGCCUGGAGCGUCAGCUCCUGCAAGCCCGGCAAUGGCGUCCUCGCCCUCCGUGACGACAACCUCGACACCUACUGGCAAUCGGAUGGAGCUCAGCCCCAUUUGGUGAAUAUCCAGUUCCAGAAGAAGGUUAAGCUGCAACUUCUGGUUCUCUAUGUGGAUUUCAAUGUUGAUGAGAGCUACACGCCGAGCAAGAUCUCUAUUCGUGCUGGCGAUGGUUUCCACAACCUGAAGGAGAUAAAAACUGUGGAGCUCGUGAAGCCAGUUGGUUGGGUUCACAUACCUUUAUCUGGAACUGAUCCUCGUGAGACAUUUAUUCACACUUUCAUGCUCCAACUUGCGGUUUUGUCCAAUCACUUAAAUGGGAGGGACACACAUGUGCGCCAGAUCAAAAUAUAUGGGCCUCGUCCGAACCCUGUUCCCCAUCAACCAUUUCAUUUUAUUUCGAAGGAAUUCAUCACCUAUUCAACUCUUAGAUAGGAUCAAUGGUGACAAUAUUUUAAACAGGCAAAAAAUGGUGGCAAUAGCAAGCAUGAAGAAAUUCAUACAUCUUGGAAAGCAUUUGGAAUCCACAACUUUAAAAUGUGCAACCCACCAUUUUCUCCUAAGACUUGUAGUAAGUUUAUAUUUGACAUACAUUGGUGUAGUGAGUAGGAUAUUUACUGGUUUACCAAUUGUGCAUCAUUUUAUGGCUGGUAACAUGGACUCUAUUGUUGUUAUAUUAUGAAACAGCCUUAAAACCUGUAUGCUUUUAUUUUUAUGCAGUCUGUUAGCUUUGACAGAAUGCAAAAGCCUUGUAUA